AUGUUCCGCCGUGUGUGCCUCACCCUGCCCAGAGCUGUACGACCAUACGCCAACAUGGCAUCCAACACGCCCAUGGAGGAUGCGAUCAGGACCAAGAUUAGCGCGACCUUCCAACCGUCCCGGCUCGAGAUCCACAACGAUUCCCACCUGCACGCCCACCACAAGGCCAUGCAGGGCAGCACGUCGCGCGAGACUCACUUUAGGCUCGUCGUGACGUCGGAGCAGUUCCGCUCCAAGAACCAGCCCGCCCGCCACCGGGCCAUAUACUCGCUGCUCAAGGACGAGAUGGCCAAGGAGGGUGGAAUCCACGCCCUGCAGCUCAAGACCAUGACGCCCGAGGAGGACGAGAGGCAGAGGUUGAAGGAGGAAGAGCAGGCAAAGUAG